AUGGUCGGCGGCUCGACACUGCGGGGACUGUGUGCCCUUUUGGUUGCGCUGAGCUUACUAAGUGCGCUAUGUGCGGCGGAUGCGGUGAGCGAUUUGCAGACUAAGGGAAGGGCUGCUGUGGAUGCGGAGGUUGCGAAGUCGACGACUUGUACGAAGGAUAAGUUGCAGGUGAGGAAGGAGUGGUAUGCGUUUUCUGCUGGCAGCUUCUUCGGGGGCGACAUCACUGCUUCAGAGAAGAAGGCGUACAUUGCCGCAGUUCUGUGUAUCACCAAGGCACCGUCGAAAUUGCCAGCCGCAUCAUACCCAGGAGCGAAGUCUCGGUACGAUGACUUUGUCGCCAUCCAUAUGAAGAAUACCAUGUCCAUCCACGGCACCGGUAAUUUCCUCUCCUGGCACCGAUACUUCACAUUCGCAUACGAGCAAGCCCUGCGGACAGAGUGUGGGUACAAUGGCACUCAGCCUUACUGGGACUGGGGCAGAUGGGCGUCCAGCCCGGAAACCUCGCCCAUAUUCGACGGCAGUGACACCAGCAUAAGCGGCCAAGGCGAGAAAGUAGCGCAUAACAGUAACGGCAUGAAGCCCGCCGGAAACGGGGGUGGUUGUAUCGCCAGCGGUCCGUUUAAGGAUAUGAAGGUCAACCUAGGUCCCAUGGCCGCCCUCGGCGAUACAUCCCCGCCCAAGAACCCCCGCAGCGACGGCUACGGCUAUAAUCCGCGUUGUAUCAAGCGCGAUAUCUCGGGUUACCUGAGUCAGCGCGACGCGUCCACCGCGAAGAUCGCAGCCUUGAUCAGCGGCCAGAGCACCAUCGCAAGCUUCCAGAAUCAGAUGCAGUCCGGCACCGGGGUACAUCCCGCCGGUCACUUCACCAUCUCCGGAGAUCCUGGCAGCGACUUCUACGUCUCUCCGGGCGAUCCGGCCUUCUGGCUGCACCACAGUAUGAUCGACCGCGUGUGGUACAUUUGGCAGACCCAGGACUUCAGCAAGCGACAGCAGGUCAUUGCUGGUGGAACGAGCAUGAUGGGUGGCGGGAAGGCAGCGACGCUCAGCGACGGCAUUGAUCUUGAGGUGCUGAACGUCGGUGGAAGUAAGUAUGCGAUCAAGGAUCUGGUGAGCACGGUUGCGGGACCAUUAUGUUACGUUUAUGAGUAA